AUGAGUCGGAAAACUGACUGUGUCACCGUGGUAAAUAGUAAUGGAUUUGUACACCAGGACUUCUGGGGACGUGUUUUGAUGAAGGAUGACCAGAAUAAAACAGGAGUUGUUGUCUUGCUCAAUGGCCUUAGGAUCAAAGACUCUGCAUUGUACCGUUGUGGUACUGGGUCAUUUGAAGAGGGAUCUGACUGGACGGAUGUUCAUAUUUAUGUAGACAAUAGUAAGUGUGAUAAAAACCAUUGAGAUACAUGUGCAUUAUGCUAUAGUUUUGCUAUUAAACAAUAAUAUAAAGGUGUGAUUCUUUGCAUAGCACAUAGGAAAGCAUUUGAUUGGCUGAGCUUGUCAAUGAGGCAGUUCAGGGUCAGAGACCGCAUAAGCCAAACACAACUCUGGCCAAUCAGCAUCUCCUCAUAGAAAUGCAUUGAAUCAAUGCAUCUCUAUGAGUAAUGCUCAGUGUCUCCAUUCAGAGGGUGACAUUUCCAACACUGCCAUUUCCAGCACUGCUUCAAGAAGUACCUCUAGUAGCCAUAUGAGGAGUGGCCACUGGAGAUAUCCCUAGGCUGUAAUGUAAACACUGCCUUUUCUCUGAAAAACUGUGUUUACUGCAAAAAGCCUGAAGGGAAUGAUUAUACCCAUUAAAACAAAUACAAUAUGCUGUAGUUGUUCUGGUGACUAUAGUGUCCCUUUAACUAACUUGGUUCAAGUAUCUUUCAAGCAUAUAUAAUCCCCCUCAUACAUAUCUGGUUUAGGAGUAAAUAGUGUAUGUCCCCCCGCCCCCAGAUUAGGUUCCUCCCCCAAUGUCUGUAUGUAACACCACAUUCUCUUAGCUUCAUAUUCAGCCAGGAACAGCUAACAAAACACCCCUCCCUGAAAGGAACACUAUAGUGUUAGGAGUACAAACAUGUUUUCCUAACACUAUAGUGGCAGUUUAGGUCUCCAGAUCCCCUCAGAGUAGAGUUAAAAGUUGUUUAAACAUAUAUUUUCCUCAUCUCUGUGCAGUCUUGCCAUGGCCGACUUCACCUCGAUGGCUGAGAACAUCAGUCAUGAUCUCAGCCAAUUCAAUGCUUUCCCUUAGGAAUGCAUUAGGAGGCUAUUGCACAUGCGCAGCAAAAACGCCACGAUGCGCCACUCGGAAUCUCCUCAUAGAGGUGCAUUCAAUCAAUGCAUCUGUAUGGACAGCAUUCACCAUCUGUAUGGAGAGCAUUCAGCUGAGGAUAAGUGAUGCACACAGUGAAAUAAGAAGCUCCAAUAGUGGUGGUCUUAGACAGUGCCACUAGAAGUAUUACUAGGCAGUAACGUAAACACUGCCUUUUCUUUGAAUGUCUGCCCUUUUUUUAACUGUCAAGAAUUCAAAGGCACCGUGAAGUUUAAAUUUCUGUUACGUAGGAAAAGUUCAAUUCAUCUCUCCAUUUUGGACAACAAUUAGAAAUUUACUUCAUAAAAUUCACACAUUGGUGAAUAACACUUUUUGAAUAAAUCUAGGGACAGAAGGGCAUUUUUAGAACUAAUAUCCUGACUGAUGUAUUUUAUUUUUAUUUUAUUUUUCAUUUCAGAUUUUUUAGCACCAACAAGGAUCUCCAAAAGACUGAGUGGUUUUGUGGGUGGGUCGGUGUCAGCUGAAUGUUUAAUUCCAGGACAUUUUAGUCCGACUUCUAUGAUAUAUUGGUGCAAGUGGAAUGAGAAAGGUUGUGUGCACCUGAUAGACUCAUGUGGAUUUGUUCAACAUCAGCUGAAAAAUAGAGUAAUUCUCGAGGCUUCCAACCAGACCCAAAGAAGCUACCACAUCCUCAUGAAUCAGUUACGGUUGAGAGAUGCUGGAUUUUAUUGGUGUGGCAUUACUGAUGGACACAGAGAACAAUCAUUCUCUGUGGAGCUGAUUAUUCAAGGUAAGCUUUCCAUACAACCAUCUCUUUUUAGCUGUCCCAAUGCUUCGAAUAUCAUUUUUACAAUGUGCUUCGAGAUUUCAAAGCUUCACGACGUGUUUUCUGAAGAAACAGUGUUUACUUUGUGACUAGCCAAAUUAAAAUCCUGUAUUACUCGUAGAUUGUUCACCCAGGUUAACAGAACCCCCUCAUCAAUUUAAGAACUAAAAACAGUCUAUGCCCUCAGAACUAUUGUCAUAAAAGCAGUCUACUUCAAGAGUGUGAUUGACCCUUAGACAGGGUUAAAGUCACCACUAUUAGUCUGCACUAAACUUGAAAUAAUGAAAAAAUCCCCCUUAACACCACCCACACUUCAUUAUAAUAUAUAAAUAUUACUAUUUUAAAGGGACACUAUAGACACCUGAACAACUUCAGCUUAAUGAGGUUGUUCAGGUGAGAACUAUAGCUCCCUGCAGCCUUUCUCAUGUAAACACUGUAUUUUCUUAGAAAAUACAGUGUUUACAUUGAAAGCUAGAAACACCUCCAGUUGCAGUCACUCAGAGUGAACCAGAGGGACUUCGGAGUUGAUGGAGGCAUAAUAUGCCUCCAUCCUCUCAGAUCUGCUGUCAGCAGAGCACAGGGCAGCACUGUGCACAGCAUCCUGUGAUUAAGUAUCUCCUCCCUCUGCAUGCAAACACUGAACUUUCCUCAUAGAGAUUCAUUGAUUCAAUUCAUCUCUAUGAGGAGAUGCUGAUUGGCUAGGGCUGUGUUUGAAUCAUGCUGGCUCUGCCCCUGAUCUGCCUCUUUGUCAGUCUCAGACAAUUCUAUGGGGAAGCACUGUGAUUGGAUCAGGCUACCACAUGUCAGCAGACUGCUUGUUUUUCUGAGUCUAACAGCAUGCAGAUUUACAUCUUCUGGCUUGAAUACAGUAAGAUUUUUACUAUAUUUAUGGAGUCAUGAGGGGCCCGGGGGGGGGGCUAGAUGGUGGUGUUAACACUAUAUGGUCAGGAAUACAUGUUUUUGUUCCUGAACCUAUAGUGAUCCUUUAACUCUGUUACCACCAAGACAAUUUAUAAAUGGGGUGCCUUGGCCCCCCAGGUAAAUUAGAAUAAAAGAAAACACCAAAUACAAUUUAGCACAAUAUCUAUGCAAUUGCAAAACAGUAAUUCAUUGGUUUCUUAGGGUAAUGUGAUUCUUUACCAGAGAAAGGCAAAACUUAAUAAAAGAAUAGUUAUUAUGAACAAAAACAGUCACAGUGCAUACAAAAAUCGAUGACAAUAAAUUAUUUACACUAACAACAGAUAAAAAAACAAAAAGGAUAAUUUAACAGAAAUCCUAAUUACUCACUCACUUAUGUUAUAAAAGUAAAAGUGUCUUUCUGUCCAGGGGGUCUCUGCUGACCCAUACUCAGUUAGCACCCUGUGAUUUUUAUGAUUGAGUGCAACCCUUUUUUCUCUUUUGAUAUACUUCUUAAUUGUGACCUAAUAUUACGGACUUCGCAAUUCCUUCCAAACGACGUUUACAUUCUAUACGAAGGAUUUGUUUUCAUCAUUCUAAAUAUGCACAAAAUGAUCCACAAUAACUCAUCUGUGAGUUAGGAUUGAUGUUUGUUUUGGAUAUGAUACUGGGACACAAGGGUUAUCUUGAAUGCUAAUGGUCAUUAACAUAUUAAAGCAUCCACUAUCUAUGAGGAAUUACAAUCCGUAUGGUCGAAGUCAGUUAGUUUACAUUGAAACUAGACUUACAGACAACUGAUGUAAAACAUGUCACACCUUGCAGCAGCCUUGGUUGAUCAAAAGAGCAAUACAUAUUGGAAACCAUCUGACCUCUAUCACAUUCCUAUAUAAUUUACAUUAACUCUUUCUGACAUAUGUCCUCUACCAAGCGGCCAAUUCAUGUAUGCCCUACACAAAUUACAUUAAAUAGUAAUAUUUUAUAGUGCAACAAUGAACCUUUGGCAUGACAGUCAUUUAAAAGAAAACUAAUCCUAUUUCAAAAUGGAAUGUCCCACUCAUUUAACAAAUGUAGGGCUACAUAAAGCAGCUAAAAGUCAUAGAAAAGGAGUAUAUUGUUACAUUUUGUCUUUAAGGGGUUAUUAACAUUAAAUUAAAUAUUUUAAACCUACCUUUGAACCAAAGACAAUGUAAAUGAUCUCCAUUUGUUCUGAGCAUUUGUAAAAUGAUGUUUAAUAAAAAAAAAAUUUAAGUAUCUGACUAAUAGAUAAAAUUGUAUUCAAUGUGGAAACAGCUUAAUUGAUGCUUAUAACACGUAACUAUUAAUUCAUUAAAAUAAUUUGUGAAAAUACCAAGGGUUGAAUCCAAUACUAUUGUCAAACCCAAGUUGAACAUUAUCAACUGGUUUCAUGAGAUUUUGGGGGGGGGAAGGAUUUUGAGUGGAUUCAAUGCCAGCUGAAAUUCUAGCAACCAAACCCAACUUAAACUAAACAAUGCACAUUUGUCAUCCAUUUUUAAUGACUAACCAAGCUAAUCAUUAAAAAAACAUAAAACAAAAUUACCUCCAUAUUAGCAUAAGCAAAGCCUGAAAUCUCCUCCAUGCAAAAAACAUAAAACAAAAUUACCUCCAUAGCGAGUGUGGGCUAAAUACUUUCAUUAGUCCUUAUCUUAUAGUUAGGAUAGCCUUAUGCCUAUCCCACGCAUGCUUAAACUCCUUUACUGUGUUAACCUCUACCACUUCAGCUGGAAGCCUAUUCCAUGCAUCCACUACCCUCUCAGUAAAAGUAAUACUCACUGAUAUUAUUUUUGAACCUUUGUCCCUGUGGUAGUUUUUCUUCCUUUAAAUGUAGUCUCCUUCUUUACUGUGUUGAUUCCCUUUAUGUAUUUAAAUGUUUCUAUCAUAUCUCCACUGUCUCGUCUGUUCUCCAAGCUAUACAUGUUAAGACCCUUUCAUCUUUCCUGGUAAAUUAGCCUGGUAAAUUUUAUCCUGCAAUCCAUGAACCAGUUUAUUAGUCCUUCUGUAAACUCUUUCCAAAGUAUCAAUAUCCUUCUGAAGAUACGAUUUCCAGUACAAUACUCCAAGUGAGGUCUCACCAGUGUUGCAUGUUACUAGUGACAGGGAAGUGACUGGCGCACGUUAAUUGGAAUUACAUAUUACAUAGUUACAUAGUUACAUAGUUGAAAAGAGACUUGCGUCCAUCAAGUUCAGCCUUCCUCACAUAUGUUAUUGCUGUUGAUCCAAAAGAAGGCAAAAAACCCAGUCUAAAGCGCUUCCAAUUUUGCAACAAACUAGGAACAAAUUCCUUCUUGAUGCCAAAAUGGCAGUCAGAUAUCUCCUUGGAUCAAGCAGCUAUUGUCCCACUAAUGAGAAAUUAUAUCCCUGUAUGUUAUGUUUUUGCAAGUAUUUAUCCAAUUGUUGUUCAACCCCUUAAGGAUUGGCUCUAAACGCCGGAGGGCGGCAUAGAACGCUCAAACCUUCCUUUCUACUUAUCCCACGCUGGCGAUCGCGCUAUGGGGACUCACCUGGGAGCCUCCGUCCUCUUUGGCCCCCCGGGCCAUGUGAUCACAGGGUACUUGCGAGGACCUCGCGAUCACAUGGACGGCAUAGCCCAACAUUAUAGGGGGGACGUGAGUGUACCCGGUCCCAAACACACUACUCUAUCUCUACCUGAUAAUAAUAUAAAGUAAGGUUGUCAAAAAAGUUAUUGUUUGGUCCAAUGGAGUUCAUAUAUCUCUGUAGGAUAAGUACAGUAUGUACUAUCAGAUGCCACUUUUUUCUCAUUUCAGGCCUCCUUGUAAACUACAAAGUGACUUGAAAUUGUUUUAGGUUCAGAGAUUUAAAAAUAGAAUACCGCAAUAUCACCAGCAGAAAGCAACAUAGGACUGUAUUACACGUGACUCAUCCAAGUGCUUAAAAAUUGUCAUACAUUAUUACAUGAUGUUCCCUGGAAUUUAUGUAAUUGUGUAAAACAGUUAAGCAACAACUGUAUAAAUUAAAUUUAAUUUAGGGGUUUAUAUGGAUUUAUUGAAACCUUUUAGGAAACUCAUGGUAUUAGUUCCUCUUCACAGGUUACAUGUUUUUUUCCCCUUUUCAAAGAACAGACUGCAAUUUUAAUUAUAAAUAAUUUAAUGCAACAUAAGAUAAAUUAAGGCAGUGAUAAUGCUGGUUUUGCAAUACAUUAAAAAUAUCCAUACAUUUCUUUAAGGGACACUAAAGGUACCAAAGCAACUUUAGCUUAAUGUAGCAGUUUGAGUGUAUAGAUCAUGCCCCUGCAGUCUCACUGCUCAAUGCUCUGCUAUUAAGGAGUUAAAUCACUUUUGUUUAUGCAGCCCUGGUCACACCUCCACUUGCCACGUUCCAUUUACAGCAUGUGAAUCGGAAAAGAAGGCCGGCCCCCUCCAGAAAUGCUUGGAAAAUUGGCCUGGGCUUGGGGAGGACCUGACUUCUUAGGCCCAUGAGUGCCAGAAUAGUGCACUCUUAAAGGGAGCAUGGGUGGUCCUGAACAACAGGUGUGUAGGUAAGAUGGGAGUUAUGUGGGGCAGCAUGCCUUUUCUCCUCUAUUUAAAAUCAGUCAUCAUGUUCCUCUUUGCACAGUUCUACUGUGCUCAUAGUGGUCUUAACUUAUUUUCCUGCUAUGCAUCUGAACUCUGGUAUUUGACCCUUGCCCUAUUCACUGUUUAUGAACCUGUGCCACCUGACUGGACCUUUUGCAUUCCUGACCAUGCAUUUGUCUGACCCUCAUCUGUUCUAUGAUCAUGGUAUCAUUUUAUCCAGCUGCCUGCUGCAUAGUUCGUUCCAUCUACCAAACCACCCUACUGUGUCUUACGGCAUUUUAUUACUGUAUUUUGUAUACUCAAUUUUAUAUAGUUUUUGCUAGAAAAAUAAAAGUUCUUGUUAUUUUGUUUUAAUAAAGGCAGCAAAACAUACAAUUCUGAGAGGUAUGAAGUGUGUUUUCUUCAUAAUCCCUUUUGUGCAGAUAACACUACAGACUUUUACAACAGUACUACCAGUAGAGGGCAGCAUAACACUACAGACUUGUACCACAGUAAUACCAGUAGAGGGCAGCAUAAUACUUCAUCCCAUGCCACAUAUUCUGCAACACUUCAACCAGCUACAUCCACUAGCCAAGGUCAGUAG